ACGGCAACACCGCGCGCGUCACCGGCCGGCGUAGCCGGCACCAAAGCGUUCUCGGCACUCUGUAGUGGAGAAUUGCGCAGAACGACGUUGGCUCUCGUCGGGUGCGGACGUGCUACGGUUUUCAAACGUGAUAUAGAGUAGACUGGUCGAGGCUUUCCUUUUGUCCUCCUCGUAUCCUUUGAAUCGUCGAUCAACAGAUAGAAACGUAUCAUCUCCUUUAGCGUUCGUUUCGCUAAGAAAGUCAUCUAGAGGCUAAAAAAGAAAGCGAGAGGAAGAGAGAGAAAGAGAGAAAGAGGGGAUAAAGAGCGGCGGGAGCAAAGUUUCAAAAGAAGUCAAGAAAAAUGGCAGAAGAAAAGAACGAGACCAGCCCGAGCGCCGAGGGUGAAAAGCCACCACAGGAAGCGCCGCCGGCCGAGAAGCAAGAAAAGGAGGAGUCGAAAGAGAGCAAAGAGGAGUCGAAGAAAGUAGAAGAGAAUGGCGACGGUGAGAAACCGAAGGAGAACGGCGAGGAGAAACCCACGCCAGAGCCGAAGGACAUGCGGGCUAUAGUACUGAACGGUUUCGGCGGAUUGAAAAGUGUCAAGGCGCUCAGGAAGCCUAUGCCCACCCCCGCCGAGGGAGAAGUCCUGAUCCGUGUCAAGGCAUGCGGAUUGAGCUUCCAAGAUCUGAUGGCGAGACAGGGCGCUAUCGAUUCCCCGCCGAAAACCCCGUUUAUCAUGGGGUCCGAGUGCGCAGGUGACAUCGAGCAGGUCGGCGAGGGCGUGGAGAACUUUAAAGUGGGCGAUCGAGUGGUCGCGUUCCCCGAUCACAAGGCGUGGGCAGAGCUCGUCGCCGUGCCGGCCACGUCCGUUUUCGCGUUGCCGCCCGGCAUGAGCUACCUCGACGCGGCCGCUAUCACCAUGAAUUAUACCGUCGCUUACAUUUUGCUCUUCAAGCUGGCCAACCUGACGCCCGGAAAGAGCCUUCUGCUGCACAACGCUGGCGGCGGUGUGGGUCAAGCGGUGGUCCAGCUGGCGAAAACAGUGAACGACGUGACGAUCUUCGGUGUGUGCAGUAAAUCGAAACACGAGUCCCUGAAGGCGACCGGUACCAUCGACCAUAUCCUCGAGCGGGGCACAGACUACAGCAGCGAGGUCAGAAAGAUCUCCCCGGAGGGCGUGGACGUGGUACUCGAUUGCCUGUGCGGCGAGGAGUGCAACAAGGGCUACGCAUUGCUGAAGCCUAUGGGGAAAUACAUCCUUUACGGGUCCAGCAACGUGGUCACCGGAGAAAUGAAGAGCUUCUUCUCGGCGGCGCGAUCAUGGUGGCAAGUGGACAAAGUGUCUCCCAUAAAGCUGUUCGAGGAGAACAAAACGUUGUCCGGGCUGAACCUCCGCCACCUGAUGUACAAACACGGCAGCCAGGAGUUCGUGCGGCAGUCGGUGGAACGGGUGUUCACCAUGUGGGGCGAAGGUAAGAUCAAGCCGGUAAUAGAUUCGACGUGGGCAUUGGAGGACGUGCCGGAAGCCAUGCAGAAGAUGCACGACCGCAAGAACAUCGGUAAGAUCGUGUUGGACCCGAGCCUCGAGCCGAAACCGAAACCGGCGACGCCGGCCAAGGGAAAAGCGAAAGACAAGAAGGCGGCCAGCCAGGACGAGAAGAAAGCGUCGAGCGUGGAAUCGGAGGAGGGAGAGAAGAAGAAAGAACCAGAAUUGACCAACGGGACAUCCGAAGACAAAUCUGAUAGCGAUUCGAAAGAGAAAGAAUCGAGCUGAAUUAGCGGCGCUAGCUAAUUCUAUCACGCGUAUAUAUAUACAUAUAAAUAUAUAUAUAUAUAUAUAUAUAUAAGAAAA